UGUGGAGGUGUGGUUUGAUUCUAGAAAUCCCCGUGCAAAAGAAAUAAGUCGGAUUGAAUCUUUUCUGCUGUAGCUGCCUCAUCAGAAAAUAUGAUGGAGGCUCCAAAAUCUGUUGGACUUACAGACUUGAAUCAAAACCUGUCGCAUAACUUUUACUAUAAGCUUGGCGAGGGGUCAAACAUGUCUAUGGAGAGUUAUGGGAUGAGCAAUGCUGGAGGUUCUGUUACAAUGUCGGUUGAUAACAGCAGUAUUGGAUCAAAUGAUUCUCACACUCAUAUUUUAAACCACCAAUACAACCACAUCCACAAUAACUAUUCUGUUGGUAAUCACAUCCACAGUAACUAUUCUGUUGCUGCUAGCGUAGUCAGGGGGAGAGUUUCUAGGUUGAGCGAUGAUGCCCUUGCUCAAGCCUUGGUUGAUCCUCAAUUCCCCACCACUGGGCUUGUGAUUUGUGAUGAGUGGACAAUUGACUUGAGUAGGAUUACCAUUGGACAAGCAUUUGCUCAAGGCUCUUUUGGGAAGCUCUAUAACGGAACUUAUAAUGGUGAAGAUGUUGCCAUUAAGCUUCUAGAGAGGCCAGAACAUGCUCUUGAGCAGGCUCACUUUAUAGAGCAGCAAUUUCAACAUGAGGUCAAGAUGCUAGCAAAUUUAAAGCAUCCAAAUGUUAUACGAUUUGUUGGUGCAUGUCGUAAAACCAUGGUGUUAUGCAUUGUGACUGAAUAUGCAAGCAGAGGAUCAGUGCGUCAGUUCCUCGCGAAGCGACAAAACCGAGCUGUGCCAUUGAAGUUAGUAGUAAAGCAUGCCUUGGAUGUGGCAAAGGGGAUGGAGUAUGUGCAUGGUCUAAAUCUUAUUCAUCGUGAUUUAAAAUCCGACAAUCUAUUGAUUGCUGCUGACAAGUCAAUCAAGAUUGCAGACUUUGGUAUUGCUCGGAUUGAGGUGCUGACUGAAGGAAUGACACCAGAAACUAGCACUUACCGCUGGAUGGCUCCGUAA